ACAUUUUUAGUAGGUCGGAUUAUAAAGCGCUUUUUUCCGCCACGCGCAGCGCCAUUUUGUGAUUGUUCGCUGACUGAUGCAACACAACAUUUAAAUUGCUUUACUUCAGUAUUUUUACUAUUUUCCUGUUGUAUUACCUCUUACGAAUAUCAAGUGACCUCAUUUAUAAUAUGAGCAACGAUGACAGUGAAUUGGUAUCAUGAUUUGUGACUUAACCUUCAAAUAUGAAGUGAAGACAACAAGUUACAUUGUUUAACUCCUGCAGCGCACUGGCUGCUAGACGUCUAAAUUGCUUAGCUACCAAUUGAUGUCUUCCAAAUGAGUUGCAUCCUGCCUGGUUAAAUAAGGAAUAAGGACCUCAAUUUAGGACCUCCAUACAUCCUAAAAAUACAUUACAAGCAUUUAAUGAUGGUGCAAUUACAGUGAGUUUCUUGAACUGUACAAUAAAUAUGUUGAGCCAAGAAAUGGAACCAGAGUUGGAUGAUGGUGAGGAUCACUGGGAACACCAGAACAUCCAAACACUGUUGAAUAUGUAUUUGCAAAACAUUGACAAGUUUAGAAAUCCUAAAAUUAGGAAAAAAAGUGUCUGGGUUGAUAUAUCGAACGCCGUAGGCAAAGGUCCUGACUGUUGCGAUAAGAAAUUCAGAAAUUUAAAACAAACUUACAUUAGAUUGCUUAAGAAGAAGAAUAGAAAUGGCACAGCCAAUGUCAAAUGGCCUUACUUUGAAAUUUUUGAAGAAAUAUACAGUGAUAAUGGUGAGUACCAGCCAGAUAUACAACAAAAAAUAGAAGAGAGUGCGACAGAGCGGACCGUUGCUAAAGCUUUGUUGACAAUGAACUCAGCUUCUAAAUUUGAACCGGAGAUACCAGAGAACGGGGAAAGUUCUAGUGGGCAAAAUGAAGAAAUGAAAAAGAGGUUGACUAGAAAACGGCAUGCGGAGUUCCGUAAGGUUACUCUAGAAAUGAGAGAUCGGCAGAGGCUGGUAGAGGAGAAGCUUGAUAGGCUAAUUUAUAUAGUGGAGGAAUCUAAUAACAUACAGAAAGAGAGGAACCGACUAUUUGAACAGUUUUUGGAGAGACUUAACCAAACACAAUGAAUGUUUAUGUAACAAUAUUAUGUGCAUAAUAUCAGUUUGUUAUACCUAUUAUUUUAAUGUCCAUCAAACAAAUCAAAACAUAGAUCCGCUGAAAUUUCAUACCUACACUAUGUAGACUAAAACAAAAUUUGACAGAGUAGGUAUAUAACUAUGACCGCUUUUUUGUCACUUAAGACAAAAGUGGAGGACCCGCGCGAAAUGGCCCAUUUUCCUCUCUGGAUUAUUGAAAAUAUUUUGAUACAAUUUGUUGUAUAUCAAGCACAGCUAAUCCCCUACGUUUAAUUUUUCUAAUUUUUAAUUAUUAUUGGAAUUAUUAUUUAUUUGAAUUUGGGAGAAAUUCAAAUUUGUAUGAAAUCUGUUUUACUGCUCCUAAUUUUUACAAUAAUCAAAAGUCAAACGUAGGGGCAUAGCUAUGGUUAAUAUAAAUCAAAUAACGUAAAAGAGAAACCAUAAUAGCAAUAUCCAGAGAGGAAAAUGGGGACUACGUUUGUAUGGAGAAAUGGUGUCCCUUUUCCUCUUAAUAUAACUACAGUAGAACUCGCUUAAGACGAUUCUGAGGGGACCUAGCAAAAAAGCGUCUUAAACGGGAAAUCAUAUUAAACGUGAAAAAAAAAUACUAGUAUUAUUUCUUGUAAUUUGUUUAUUUAGAAUGGAAGACAACAAAGAUUAUGAAUCAACAUUACCUACAUAAUUGUAGUAUUUUGGUGAGAUAAAUAAAUUCUGUUUAUGUUGGUAUUAAAUAACAAUAUAAUUUCAAUUUUAUUUAAAGUAAUCAUAAUCAUAUAAUCAUAAUCAUUUAUUUCUUGUUUUAGUAAUUAUUUAUUUUAGAAAGCUUUUAAUAUGGUUACUUUUUCUUGCAGUGAUUUUCUUUGCUUUUAAUUUUUGACAUUACUGAACUAACGCUAACACAAAUGAAGGUAAGAAUUACAGUACGGUACGGAAACACGAAACGAAACACGGAAUGAAAUCUAAGUUUAGUGUAGGUAGGGUACGAACCAAUUAGCCGAUAGGUUAGUCAUCGCCAGAAUCUCGUCCCCUUGCGUAAUAUUAGUACGGCAUGGUUAGUCCCAAUUUUUUUUUCCCGCCUACAUAAGUUGGUAACAUUGUACGACGAUGCAAGAUGGGUCAUAUAUAAUAAUAAUAUAAUUUUAGAUGGCGUAUUAAGCUGUAUGUCAUAUAGGUAAACAAUUAUUCUUAUGUUAGCACUAAGCUUGUAGCUUUUAAAAUCCUAGUCUAAGCAGCCUGCUUACCAUCAGGCGGGCCGUAUGCUUGAUUGCCACCGAUGUGGUAUUAAGAAAAAGGUAUUUUGACUGUGAUAUCAAAAUCAGUUAUAAAAACAGUUCUUUGUCCAGUUUUAGUUUAGCAAGGAUUUAACUUUUUGACCAUGAUAUUUUAUAUAAUACAAAAAAGUAUACGUUAUUGGAAUGCAUUUGAUUUAAGCUAGUUAUUAAUUACUUUUACGUAGUACCACUGUAUAUAUCUUGUAUGUAAAUAAAGAGUUUUUAUUGCUAAAAAAAAUUGGAAUGCAUGAAUGUUCAUUUCAAACUGUUAUUUAAUAAUUAUUGACUGACCGACAAAAACUAAAAUUAACAUUUAACAUUUUUGGGUUUUGCGAUGAUUUAACUUUUUGACCAUGAUAUUUUAUAUAAUACAAAAAAGUAUACCUUAAGUACUUGUUGGCAAUUAUUAACUGACCGUUGAAAACUAGAAUUUUAACUUUUUAAAAUUUUUGUGUUUUGCAAAUAGUAUUUUUAUAAUAAGUAGGUUAUUUUAUUAUAAAAUAGAUAUACAAACUGUGAAAAUAUACAAAAAUAAAACCCGCCAAGUGCGAGUCGGACUCGCGUUCCAAGGGUUCCGUACAUUACACAAUUUUUAACAAUGUUUAUGUGAAACGUGAGCCUUUAAAAACUAAGUAAUUAAGUCCGACUCACGCUUGACUGCACAUUUCUAAAAUGGGUUUCCUGUCAUCUAUAGGUAAAUAACUAUAUUGUUUAUUUCUUUCAAAAUUUUACACUGUAGCUUCAGAGAUAAAGAGGAAAUGGUAAUUUUUUUUGUCUAUGUUUUUAAAAAACUUCUAAACUAUUUGUUUUAAAAUUACAAAAAAUAUAUAUUUGAGAUUCUCAAAAUGAGCUCAUUAAUUUGAUAUGUAAGAUGAUAUAGUUUAGAAUACUUUAGUUUUUAAUUUUCUCAUUUACCCCCCAAAAGUGGGCCCCCAUGUUUAAAAUUCAUUUGUUUACACUUCAAUUCAUUUGGGUCACAAAUUUACAUAAUGUGUACCAAAUUUCAACUUAUUUGGUCCAGUAGUUUUGGAGAAAAUGGGCUGUGACAGACGGACAGACAGACAUAGAGACGCAUGAGUGAUCCUAUAAGGGUUCUAUUUUUUUCUUGAGGUACGGAACCCUAAAAAUAAACAAAAUAAUACUGACAAAUUUUUACCACUUCAGUAACAAUGAACUAUAAAUUAUUCCUUUAAGUUCAUUUUUGUUUGUACUUUUCAUUUCUUUGUUUAUUAAAGUUAAGAAAAAGCUAUUUUUUUAAUAUACUUAAGUUGUUUCGGGUUUUAAUAAUAAAUGUUUUUAAUAUGCAUGUGU